GAGCGGUAGGUACUCCCUUUUAUUACCCAAUGGAAUAUUAAAGCUAUUGAAAUUAAGGUUAUUUUUCCCUUUUUCGAUAUUGAUUAAUCAAUGUCGUAAAAGAAAAAUAAUGUUAUAUAUAGGAUUAAAUAAUGAGGGAUUGGAAGCCUCAGUUUGAAUAUUUUACCUCUACUACUUUGUAUGUUUAUGAACAGUAAUAAUAUACAUUGUAUAUAAAAUAAUAUACAUGCAAUGUACUGUACACUGUACAUUUUAUAUGAAUAUAGGCUGUUGCAAGCUUACAGUAGUACCGUACAUUUGGAUAUAUUGUCUACAUUAAUAUAAUUUUUUGAAAAUUUCUCUUCUUUUUAGGGAUAAAUUGAUAGGAAAGUAAUGAUUAAGAUUAUUAAUAUUUAAUAAGAAGACUGAUUGUCCUAAUCAAGAGGAUGAUGCUCGUAAUGAAGAUAAGGAUAAUCUAUAUUUAAUCUUUUUCAAAUGGGUUCGUUAUGCGAAUGUUUCGCUAAAUUGAAAUUGAAAAGAAAGGAAAAGUCUUUACGCUCUUUUACAUUGGAUUCAUUUACUGUGAAAAGUGAAGGAACGCCUAGGUCAGAAUCAAGCGUGCGAAGUGGAGAAAUACUAAUUACCCCUCAUGGUCUUAGGAUAGCUAAGCAGAAAACUGAAUUUCACAAAUUCCUUAGGUCUAAUGAUCUGUCAACUGUCCUUAUUAGUAGAAAUCGUUUACAAACUGGUAAACUUUUGGCAAUUGUUAACAAAAUGAGAAUAUGCAAUGGGACUUUGAGAACGUCAACAAAAUUUCUACCAGUUAACGUUCAUAUUUUAACCGGGAUUAAUAAUGAUGAAGAAAAAAUAUCCAUUUUAGAUAGUGUUCGAUCCCUACGCCAUCUUAAACACCCGAAUAUACAAAUAGCUAAAGGAGCAUGUAUAGAAGGUGGAAGAGGUAUUAGAGACGGUUUCGAAGUACUAUUAAUCACAACUGAAAGAGUUCAUAAACACGUAACGCUAAAACGUCUCCUCGAAUGGGCAUUGAGCAACAAUUCAUCUCUGCUAACUCAGCACUGUGCUUUAAAUUUUGUAGUCGAUAUAUGUAAAGGUGUGAACUAUUUGGAAGAAAACCACUUGACAGGAUAUGAUCUCACAACGUCAACAUGCUCGAUUGACAUUGCCUGUAGAGUUAAAGUAUCUGAUUUACAUUGGAAUUCGUAUGAUAGCGAAUUGGUACGAUGGCGUCCACCUCAAUCGAAUUGUAUGACUUGGACGAUAGGUGUCGUUAUGUGGGAGAUCUUCUCUUUCGCAUCCUUACCAUAUUCAAAUAUUAAAGCUAAUGAUUUACCUGGACACCUUUUAAAUGGUCUCCGACUAUCAAAACCAGAGAAUUGCUCAUGGAAUAUAUAUAAGGCAAUGCAUCUUUGCUGGCACAAAGAUCAGGAUCUCAGGCCUAGCGUUCGACAUUUAAUUAACCUAAUAACGGGACUAUUACGGUUCGUGCCAAAUUCCGCUCCUGCCCAUCAACUUUUUCCGGAUACAGAUCAAUUCGAGGAGGAUGAAUACUUCCCAUCAAAAGAAUACAGUUUUAGUAGUAACGAAUUUAUAGAGGAUGAAUAUAUUUGAUAUACUUGUAGUAGUAAUUUGUAUUUAUGGAUGUUUUUAUAAAAAAAAAAGAAAGAGGAAGAAAUGAAAUAUGACAGAGAUUCAAGUUUCUAAUGUGCCAUUUUGUUUUUAUCACUAUUUCUCUCUC